AUGGUACGAAACAUUGGGAUAUUGAGCCUUGUAGCUCUACUUGUAUAUUUUACUGGUUCUGCAGGUAUUUGAUAAUUUUUAAAGAAAAAUUGGAAAAUAAAAAAUGAGAACUUUUUUAGAUGGUGCACUUGCGGCGAUGUCAAUUGAUUUGGGUAGUCAAUUUAUUAAAAUUGGUAUUGUAAAACCAGGAGUUCCUAUGGAUAUUGUGCUCAACAAAGAAUCUCGUAGAAAAACACCAAAUGUUAUUGCUUUCAAAAAUGAUGAACGGUUUUUCGCUGAAGCUGCUGCAGCUAUGGUCAGUUUUUUCUUUCCAAACAUACUUUGAAAAUAAUUUAAUUUCAGGCAUCAUCUCAUCCACAAUCUUCUUAUUCUUUCCUUUUGUCUUUGCUCGCCAAAAAAGAAGGACAUGAAGUUUUCACAAGUUAUCACGAGACUUUCCCAUUCACAGCUUUUGAAUAUGAUCAAAAUAAACAUACCGUGAUAUUCCCAUACAAGUAAGAAUAUUAUUUUCGAAAAAAUUUAAGCAUAUACAUAGAAUUGAUGAAUUUUCAGAGAAGAAAAAUACAACGUUGAAACACUUCUUGCAAUGAUUCUCUGGAAUGCUAAAAAGAACACCGAAGCAUACGCUGAUCAAGUUGUGAAAGAUGUUGUGAUUACUGUGCCAAUAUUUUUGAAUCAAGCUGAAAGACGAGCAAUUGCAACUGCUGCAAAUAUUGCUGGUUUGAAUUUAUUGCAAUUGUUGAAUGAUGGAAGUGCGGCUGCUUUGAAUUAUGGAGUUUUUAGACGGAAGGAGAUCACGGAAAAGCCAACUCAUAUGCUGAUUUAUGAUAUGGGAGCUGUCAAGGUGAGAUUUAAGAAAAUUUCGAAAAUUCUAUUUGUAUAAAGUUCUCAAUAAAUAGCGUAUUGUGAAAUUCACAGAGUGCAUCUUUAUUUUAUAAUGAUUCUUUGUUGAAAGAUUUCAACACUUGAACAAAAAAUUAAAAUAUAAAAUUGAUCAGAAGUUCUAUAGAAUCUUAAUUCUAGUUUUCUGAUCAUAAAAAACGAUAAAUUAUUCAAAUUCCGCAUUUUAUAUUUGAAAAAUUAGUUCAGCCCUCUCCUUCCUUUACUGAAAACAUGGUUUUUUUUCAGACAACCGCUACAAUUGUUCAAUAUGUUCUCGAAUCUACUCGCAAGGAUGGAAAAGACAAACAACCAACAUUGAGAACUGUUGGAGUUGGUUAUGACAAAACUUUGGGAGGUUUAGAAAUUACUAAAAGAUUGAGAGAUCAUCUUCAAACUGUAAGUUUUUUUUCCACAUUUUUCAUCCUUCCAACAAACCUUGUUUUAUUUCAGAAAUUCCGUGAUACUGUAUCAACAACAAAAGAUAUUUCAACUAAUGCUAGAGCAAUUGGAAAACUGCACAAAGAAGCUGAACGGGUUAAACAAGUUUUGUCGGCGAACAAAGAUACAUUUGCACAAGUUGAGAGUUUAUUCGAAGAACAAAACUUCCGAGUCAAAGUCACCAGAGAUGAACUUGAAGCAUUGAUUGUUGAUUUGGAACCAAGAAUCUUGGCACCGAUUUUAGAUGCAUUGGCAAUGUCAACUUUGUCAUUAAGUGAUAUUGAUCUUGUUGUUUUGAUGGGUGCUGGUACAAGAGUUCCAAAAGUUAAAGAAGUAUUGAAAAGUCAACUAAAAGAUAAGGAGAUCAGUAAUUUCUUGAAUACCGAUGAAGCAAUUGCAAUGGGAGCCGUCUAUCAAGCUGCACAUCUUUCAAAGUCCUUCAAGGUGUUGCCGUUCCAUGUUCAUGAAAAGAUUUUGUACCCUGUUUUUGUAAGUGUUUUAAAUAUCUGGUAAAUAAUAAUCAAUUAAUUAAUUUUCAGGUCAACUUCCAAACAAAAACCGAAGACGGCGAAUUAAAACCAAUUAGAAGAUCAUUGUUUGGAGAAACUUACCCAGUUCCAAACCGUGUUAUGCAAUUCAACUCUUACACCGAUGAUUUUGAAAUCCAAGUACAAGAUGCUGAUAAAAAUCCACUUUCAACAGUUCAAAUUAGUGGAUUGAAAGAAGCAACUGAAAAAGAAGUCACUGAUGAGAAUGCAGUUGUCAAAGGUGUCAAAACAACUUUCUCAAUUGAUCUUUCUGGAAUUGUUUCAGUCGAAAAAGCUAGUUUAGUUGUUGAAAAAACUCCAUCUACUGAAGGUAAUUAAUUUUAUUUUUAGUUUAAGAAAAUUAUGUAUAACAGUUUUUUUUCAGAAAAGGAAACUUACGAGAAAUUGAAGGUUGAAUAUGAAGAAUGGGAAAAAGCGAAUGAGGAAUUGAAAAAGGCAGAGAAGGCAAAGAAAGAAGCGGCUAAGAAAGAGGAGAAGAAAGAGGAAUCUGAUGGUGAUGCUGAAACUACAACUGACAAACCAGUAGAAGAACUAAAAGAGAAACCAGUGAAGAAAAUCAAACCAGUUGAGCCAAAAGUCAAGAAGAUUAAUGCCAAAUUGAAUGUUGUUGAAACAAAGAAGGAUCAUCAAGAUAUGUCAGAGGAAGAAGUCAAGAAAUCAAUUGAAGUGUGAGUUUGAAUUUGUAAACAUUUGGUAGAGAUCACAAUAAUUAAUAAGAUCAUAGUUAAUAUUACAAUUUUCAGUCUCGGAGAAUUUGAACGCAAAGAGAAGGAAAAACAUGAUCGAGAAGAAGCAAUGAAUUUGUUGGAAGGAUUGUUGUACGAUUUGGCAGUGAAAUUAGAAGAUGGAGAAGAGUAUGCUGAAUUUGUCACCGAAGAAGAGAAAAAAUUGAUUCUCGAUGAAGUUACUGUUUUGAAAGCUUGGUUUGAAGAUGAUGUUUCACUUGAAACCAAAAAGGAAGAAUUCGAUGAACGACGAACAAAAUUGGAACAAUUGACAGCUAAACCGAAUCAAAGAAAACAAGAACGUCUUGAUAUUCCAAAAGCUAUCGAAUAUUUGGAUGAUGCUUUUAAUCGAUCAAUGACUUUCCACGCAAUGGCUCUCAAUUUGACACAACAUGAAGAGGGAAAUAAGACUUUCACUGACACUGAACUUGAUGUAUGAUUUUACUGCUUGUUUUGUGUUUAAGUUUAUUUAAUUUUUUCAGGUUCUCACAAAACUUAUUGGAACAACAACUGAUUGGUGGACCGAGAAGAAAGAAUUGUACGAUAAACAAGCAAAGAAUGAAGAUGUGGUUGUGAAAACUGCUGAUAUUGUUGAAAAAGCUCGUGAUUUGGAAAGAGAAGUCAGAUAUCUUGUGAACAAGAUCAAGGUACCAGCGAAGCAGAAGAAAUCAAAAUCUGAAAAGAAGGAGAAAAAAACAGAAGAGAAAACUGAAGAGGUAACUAUUAUUUAACAUAAUUAUUUUAUUAACAUAACACAUUUUCAGACAACAACAGAAGCACCAGAAGAAACAACAACAACAGAAGAGAAAUCACCCGAACACGAUGCAUCAGAAUUAUAG